AUGAUGAAGAAAACCAAUAUUAUGUCAAAGAUACAUUCCACUUUGCAACAACUGUUAACAAUUUCAAAUUACCAGAAAACUACACACUAAUCUCCCUAGACGUCAUAAAUUUAUUCGGUAAUCUGGACAAAAAUGACAUUAUUGAAGUCCUGAAACAAAAAUAGGACAUAAUUAAAGAACAUACAAACAUCAAUAUGCAGCUGUUUAUGGAAAUUAUUUUGUUUAUAUUGAAUAACAACUACUGCGUGUUCAAAGAAAAAUAUUACCUUCAAAUAUUUGGAUGUGCUAUGGGUUCUAAACUAAGUCCAAGACUAGCCCAAUAUGUCAUGGAUCACUUGGUAAAAUCAUGUGUGGAAAAGUUACCAUUUAAUAUACCCAUUUUAAAAAAAUUCGUAGACGACUUAUUAUUGACUGUACCAAAAACACAUAUACAGACUACGUUGAAGUGUUUUAACUCUUAUUCCAAAAACUUACAAUUCACUUUGGAAGUAGAAAACUUGGAACAAUGUGUACCUUUCUUAGACACAAAAGUACAAAGACAAGAUGAUGUUAUAAAGUUAAAAUGGCAUAGAAAAGAAACCCACUCAAACAAAAUGAUCCAUUAUAAUUCAGACCAUAACAUAAAUAUAAAAAUUAACAUGAUAAAACAAAUGAAAAAUAGAAUAAAAAGAAUAUGUCAUGAGUCUUACAUACAGGAGGGAAUACAAAAUUUAUUGGAGAUAUUAAGACAGAACGGAUAUCCCUAUGGAAUGUUGAAGAAAUUAUUGUAUGCAAGUGACACCACAGAAGCACCACAACUAAUAAGAAGCGAGGAAGAAACAGAGGAAAUUCAUUAUGCAUCAUACCCAAAUAUACAUGGAUUAACAAAAAAACUAAUAAAUAUAUUUAAACAUGAAAAAGUGAAAAUUGCUAUUUAUAAUAAAAAAACUGUGGGCAAUUUAUAUACAAAAUUAAAACAUCCUAUUCAAACACUAUUAAAAAGCAACGUAGUCUAUGAAGUAAAAUGUGAAGAUUGCGAAAAAAUAUACAUAGGACAUACAUCUCAAUGGUUGAAAAGCAGAUUGGCAUUACACAAAUCAGAUAUUGCAAAACAUCCGGAUAGAUGCGCACUAGCAACCCAUGCAUUCAAUUUAAAUCAUAAAAUAAAUUUCGAAGAAGCAAAGGUGUUAAAAACGGAAAAAAAUUACAAAAAAAGGUUGAUAUUGGAAAUGAUAGAGAUAAAUAAACAGGAAAAUAUUAUUAACAAAAAAACAGACACAAAUAAGUUGAGUGCUAUAUAUGGAUAUUUGUUAGAAAAAUCGGAAGAAAACAUAUACUUUUUCGAUGGUCCAGUUGACGAGUGAAAGGAAGAAGGCAGAUUACGAAAGUGUCAAAAACAAACAAAACAAUAUACCUAUCUAGCCAGUUGACACAAAGGAGAAAAAAUAAAUAAAUUAAAUAUUUUAAGUAAUAUAUUUUGGUUGUGAGAAAAAUGUUUUUAUUUUGUUGACGUUUCAAAUUGAAGAAAAUUAUUGUCGUUUUAAUGUCCAAAGGAUCAAUGUGAAUUGAAUUAAGACAAAUGUUUUGUAGUUUUGCAAGUUUCCUAAACAUAACCUCACAUUCUAAGCCCUGAAGAAGAAUUAAAUAAAUUCGAAAGCUUGGCAAGGAAUAAAGAGUUUUCUUUUAUUCUCCAAAAUAAUCGAGUCGUUUGACCCUUAUCAAUAGUUCACAGUUAUACACUAAAGACUCUUA